AUGGCCGCCAAGACGGCGAUUGCCGCCCUGUUCCUCGCCGCCGCGGUGGCGGAGUACGCUACCGUGACGGUGGCGGACGCCUCGACGGAGUGCCCGUACCCCUGCCUGCCGCCGCCCACCGGGGUCACCUACUACCCGUCGCCGCCGCCGCCGCCGCCGCCGCAGCAGCCGUUUCCCAACUAUUAUUACUCUCCGCCGCCGCCGUCGACGCCGUACACGCCGGGGAUAAACGUGCCGGGGGUGAUGCCGUACUUGCCGGCGGCGCCGCCGCCGCCCAGCCAGAUCGUGCCCUACUUCCCUUUCUACUCCCGGAAUUCGGGCUCGGCGCUUCUCCGGCUUCCCACGGCCCUCCUCAGUUGUAUCAUUACUCUGGGGUUCUUCCUUCUGUAG